AAGCGAAGGGUUGAACCUCGUCGGCCACCGUCUGAUGUCGUGGCGUUUGCUGUUGUUGCUCAUGAGCUCAAACUCUUAGCACAGUUAUCCGAUCACACCAGCUGCAAUAUCUGGCUUAUUUGGGGUUUGAAUUUGUUUCCUUACACGUUUAUAUAAACCACCGGACAGUGUUACCGUCAGUGUUUCAAGAUGAGGCGCGCAGGUUUGGGUGAAGCAGGCUCUGGUAACUAUGUAGCCAGUGGCUACAGUGUGUAUGAAGAGGAGAAUGAACACCUGCAGGAGGGACUGAGAGCCAAAGUCACAGCUUUGAAGAGUCUGUCAAUCGACAUUGGAACAGAAGUCAAAUACCAGAAUAAAGUGCUGGAGGAUAUGGACACGGACUUUGACUCAACAGGCGGCCUGCUUGGUGCCACCAUCGGCAGAGUCAAGCAGCUGUCCAGAGGCAGUCAGACCAAACUGCUGUGCUACAUGCUGCUCUUCUGCCUUUUCGUCUUCUUCGUCCUGUACUGGUUCAUCAAGCUGAGGUGAUAGGAGGGCCCUCUAUGUUGGACUUGGCCUCUUAACUCCACAUCUUCAUCCCCAGUCUGUGAAACACCGAUGCAUCUCAAAACUAGACCCACAUACUGUAAUGGUGUCUCAGCUUUUACAUGUGCCCACGUCUCCCGACUGUUUCAUAGAAUGACCCCAAAAUUGAGUCACGAAAGAACUACUGAUGCUACGUAAUGGAAUCAUGAAAAGUAAGUAAAAGGGGUCUGAGAUGAUUAAUGACGAAAGUAGAAAUCAUGUACUGUAUAUGUAUAUCUGAAGUAGACACUGCAAGUACGUGUAUGCUGUUGAUAUCAGCCCAAUUUACCUGGAUGGGAAGAUGAGACAUAACAUAGAAGAUACUACUGUGUCAAAAACCUUAAUGCAGUCGUGGGCACAUUGUAAGAUAGAUGUACGAUAGAUGUGAUGCAAGUUGUGUUAAAAGUGAUUAAGUUAUAGAAUGCUACAUGAAGCAGAUAAUCCAGUGUAUUUGCUAAUAAGAAUGAAUGGCUAUAGUACAGCAUUUAGCAUCCAUACAGAAGUUAAUAGCAGUGUUCCUCAUUGUUCCAUCUUUGUUGUAAAGAAUAUUUUUUAAUGUAAAUAAACACAUUUUAUGCUGUG